AUGGUGAAAACAAAAUCGAGUUGUGAAAAGGUUAGAAAUCAUAUACCCGAUGAUCUUAUAUUUACUAUUAUAUCAAAGUCGCCUCUAAAAUCUUUGGGUCGAUAUAGAUGUGUACGAAAAUCAUGGUCUCUCUUAAUCCAAAGCCCUUAUUUUAUGAACAUGUACCGCAUAAAUUUUGCAUCUAAUAAUUAUUAUUCUUAUGUUGAUCAUUCAUGUAUUAUUCAUGAGUUAAUUGAACCAUAUAAACUCCAUGGUGCCUUGUUUUUGUAUCAUGGGAAACAAUUUGAGAAUAAAGUAAAAUUAGAUUGGCCACCUCCAAUUCAAGAGGAUGCAAGAGAUUUUAAAUUUAUGGGUUCUGUUGUUGACGACACUCUUUGUUUCUCCACUUGGUGGAAAAUCCCAAAAAUUGUAUUUUGGAACAUAAAUACUAAGGAGUUCAAGACUCUUCCUCCUAGUUUUCUAGAGUCUCUACAACCUUCUUAUCAAAAAGUUGUGUGUACGAUUCAUGGAUUUGGUUAUGACCGUGUUACAAACGACCAUAAGUUGAUUAGACAUGUAGCACAUUGUCUACAUGUAACCGACUAUGAAGGUUUUAUUCCACCGCACGACUCUAACUGGGAGGUAUACAGUUUAAGAAGUGAUUAUUGGAAGAAACUUGAUAUAGAUAUGCCUAACGGUUAUUCUAAUACAGAUCUACAAGUUCACACAAAUGGAGUGUGUCAUUGGUGGGAUGAACCUGAAUAUUGUUUGGUCUCAUUUGACUUGAGAAAUGAUGUGUUCUUUAGAACACCCCUACCCUCGUGUGUGGAUGAUAAUUUUGACUUAUUAUUGGUAGAUAAAUAUUUUUAUGCUUUAAAUGGGUCUGUUGCUUUUAUCUCAACCUGGGAAACAAGUUCUGCAAAUAAGCUAACUACUUUUCACAUAUCAAUUUUGGCGGAACUUGGUAGGAAAGAAUCAUGGACUAAAUUGUUUAUUGUUGGACCAUUACCUUGUAUUUACCGCCCUAUUGGAGCAGGGAAUAAGGGAGAUAUAUUCUUUUUUUCAAAAGAUGGCGAACUACUUCAGUUUGAUUUAAUUACUCAGAUAAUUGAAAAGAUUGAUAUUCAAUAUCAACUAGGUAAUAAGAUACUUCUUUAUAAGGAAGUAUUUCUUCCGGUUGGAGCACUAAUAAAUGUAUGA